ACCUCAGCCAACGCUCACUGUCACUCCUCACACACGUGUCAGCGCUACAGGACUUACUUCCGGUUCAACAUGGCGGCAUCCAUGGCAUGUCAGGCGGCUGUGAGAGGACUCCGAGCAGCGAGCACUAAACAACUGCUUGUGAGCCGAAACCAGUUAGCGAGGGUAAGUCCCAGAAGAUGGCUGAACCUGCAGGAGUACCAGAGCAAGAAGCUGAUGCAGGACAACGGCGUGACAGUCCAGCGCUUCUUUGUGGCUGACUCUGCCUCUGAAGCCCUGGAGGCUGCCAAGAGACUCAAAGCGAAGGAGAUUGUCCUGAAAGCUCAGAUUUUAGCGGGAGGAAGAGGCAAAGGAGUGUUCGACAGCGGCCUGAAAGGAGGGGUGCAUUUAACAAAAGAUCCUGCUGUUGUUGGAGAGUUGGCCGGUAAGAUGCUCGGCUUCAGUCUGACCACCAAACAGACCCCUAAGGAAGGAGUGAAAGUGAAAACGGUGAUGGUUGCUGAAGCUCUGGAUAUCUCCAGGGAAACAUAUUUCGCCAUCCUGAUGGACCGUUCCUGUAAUGGACCCGUGAUGGUGGGCAGUCCUCAGGGGGGUGUGGACAUAGAGGAAGUGGCUGCCACCACGCCAGAGCUCAUCUUCAAGGAAGUCAUAGAUAUUUUCGAGGGGGUCCGAGACGACCAGGCACUACGUAUGGCAGCUAAUUUGGGAUUCAAAGGACCGUUGGAGAGACAGGCUGCAGAUCAGAUUAAGCGACUCUAUGAUCUGUUCCUCAAAGUCGACGCCACUCAAGUCGAAGUCAAUCCGCUCGGAGAAACACCUGAGGGACAAGUGGUUUGCUUUGAUGCUAAAAUCAACUUCGACGACAAUGCGGAGUUUAGACAGAAAGCUGUGUUCGCCAUGGACGAUACUGCGGAGAGUGACCCCUUGGAGACCGAAGCAGCCAAAUAUGAUCUCAAGUACAUCGGACUGGAUGGAAACAUAGCCUGUUUUGUUAAUGGUGCUGGCCUUGCUAUGGCAACAUGUGAUAUUAUCGACUUGCAUGGUGGAAAGCCUGCUAACUUCUUGGACCUGGGUGGAGGUGUGAAGGAGAACCAGGUGUAUGCAGCCUUCAAGCUUCUCACUGCCGAUCCCAAGGUAGAGGCCAUCUUGGUAAACAUCUUUGGGGGGAUUGUUAACUGUGCCAUCAUUGCUAACGGCAUCACCAAGGCCUGCAGAGAACUGGAGCUCAAGGUUCCCCUGGUGGUUAGGCUCGAAGGAACCAAUGUUCAGGAGGCAAAGCGUAUCCUGUCUGAGAGCGGGCUGCCCAUCACCUCUGCCACCGACCUCGAUGAUGCCGCCAAGAAAGCUGUUGCCGCCAUUCCCAAGAAAUAAAUGCAUAUAUGCAUACACACCAUUAUUACAGUAUACACAAACCAAUAGGGCUGUGGCCAGAAUCACCGUGACAUAAACAAACAGAGCCUUACACACUUCAUUCACACACACAUGCCUUUCUCAUCUGCCCGCUGAACCACAGCUACACACAGUACCAGCCUGCUAGAGUCACUGGGCAUCUUGUCCAGUUUUUCCAGGGACAACGCUGUAUUUGAGAGCCUCUUCACAAGCCCCAACUUCUCAAAGGGUCUUAAAUGCGAGGCAGUCUUGGGAAACGUGUUAACCUUUUUGUUGUCUGGAAGCAGCCAUUUCUAUAGCUCAAUCAAUAACUGUUAUAUUCAUUGCCUUACUCUUAAGCCUUUUUAUGGAAAGUUUCCUUUAUUGAUCAUAAGUAUGAAUUAAUAUUUUCAUAUUAAUCCCAAUGGAAACCAUGAAAUAUGGUGAAAGUGUCAUAUGGUGGAAUAGCCUCGUUUUUAUAUGAUUGAACUGUGAAAAGCAUCCCAAAUCUGAUAUUGAUUUCUUAAUCUCCAUAUGAUAUCACCGUCCCAGUCCGAAUGAAGGUUUAUUUUGUUUAGAAGAGUGAGAUGAGACUUUUUUUUUUUUAUGGGUAUAAAAUUUAAAACUAGAGAUUAAGUAUUGUUUGUCUUCAAUAUUUCUGCCUUAAUGAAAAUGUGUUAUUGACCAGUCAAUUCAAUAUUGAAAAAGUUUCCCUAUUACAUGUUCAUAAUGUAUAUUCAUUUGCAUUUAGUUUAUUCAUUUUAAAUAGUCAUAAAGUGGUAUGGUUUUUAUACUGUGCCUGUCAUGAAGAUGUUUUAAAAGUCCACAAUAAAUGUAAUUAGCUUUUUGUAAUCUUGAAUGUAUUUUCAAAGUGAAUGUAUAUUUUAAAAUGGGU